UUUAAAAGGUAACCGAUUACACAGUCGGGCCGAAAUAACGUCGAUUUUUAAUUUUAAUAUGUCGAAAAAAAAGCUGGUUCAGGCUUUUCGGCGGGCUAUUAGUAGUACUCCUAAGCAAAAAGUUAGGGUUUUAAGUGCUAGUGAUAAGUUGGAUGUGUUGCCUUACAGUGAAGUGCCGGGGCCUAAACCUAUACCCUUACUAGGAAAUAAUUGGAGAUUUUUGCCUUUAGUUGGUGAUUUCCAGAUAGAACACAUCGACAAAGUGUCUUUUAGACUAUACAAAAAGUUUGGUAAAAUUGUCAAGAUGGAAGGUCUGCUGGGCAGACCAGACAUGGUGUUCCUCUUUGACCCAGACGACAUCGAGAAAGUUUUUCGCCAAGAAGACAGCAUGCCCUUAAGGCCUUCCAUGCCGUCCUUGAAUUACUACAAACAUGUUUACCGAAAAGAAUUUUUCGGCAACGUUGGUGGAGUAAUAGCAGUACAUGGAGAAAACUGGCAGAAAUUCAGAUCAAAAGUAAAUCAGAUAAUGAUGCAGCCAAGGGCUGCCAAAAUGUAUGUUAAGGCCAUUGAGUCGACCUCACAAGAAUUUAUUAACAGAAUUAAACAACUUAAGGAUGAUCAGGAUGAAGUACCUAAAGAUUUUUUAAAUGAAAUUCACAAAUGGUCUUUAGAAGCUAUUGCCAAAGUAGCCUUAGACCAAAGACUGGGAUGUUUCGAUCAAACCGCAGACCCAAACACUCAAAAAUUAAUCGACGCAGUAAACACAUUCUUCAUUAACGUACCAGUAUUGGAAUUAAAAAUCCCAUUUUGGAAACUCUUCAAUACGCCCACCUUCGUAAAGUAUAUUAACGCAUUGGAAACUAUAAGAGAAAUUUGCAUGAAGUACAUUAAUCACGCCUUAAAAAAUCCAAAAAAAGAGGAGAAUGCGGAACUUUCAGUAUUACAAAGGGUUUUAAAAAUGGACAAUGAUUCCAAACUGGCCAGUAUUUUAGCUUUGGACAUGUUUUUGGUGGGGAUAGAUACAACAUCGAAUGCAGUGGCGUCUAUUCUUUAUCAACUAUCACAGCACGAAGAAAAGCAGGAAAAUUUGCAUAGAGAAAUUUUGAGAAUUUUGCCGGAAACAAAUUCCCAAUUAACCAGCGAGAAAUUGGAGCAAAUGAACUACUUGAAGGCUUGCAUAAAAGAGACUAUGAGACUUAAACCAGUGGUUAUAGGCAAUGGACGAUGCACAACUUCCGAUAGUAUAAUUGCUGGAUAUGAAAUUCCUAAAGGGGUACAAAUAAUAUUCCAACAUUACGUUAUUAGUAAUUUGGAUGAAUAUUUUACGGAUAGUGCCAAAUUCAUGCCGGAAAGAUGGUUAAAAACUUGCCCGAUGUCCAAGGAACAUCACCCGUUUGCAUCUUUGCCCUUUGGGUUUGGAAAAAGAAUGUGUUUGGGAAGGAGAUUUGCUGAUUUGGAAAUUCAAACUGUUCUGGCAAAGAUAAUAAGAAACUUUAAAGUGGAAUAUCACUACAAGGAAUUAGAUUAUCACAUACAUCCAAUGUACACCCCAAAUGGCCCACUAAAGUUUAAAUUUGUUGAAAGAAAAUAAUUUUAAAGUGAUAUCUUUACCCAA